AAAUUUUGUUCGUCGAAUAAUUGGGCUGUACAGUGGAUAUGCAUCGUCUCUUUUUCAGCUUUUCAUCGCCAAAGGCAACAAGUCACAAGAAAAUCACGAAUUGGGCAAGGAUGAUCUGAGGAAAGGAAGACAAAUUCUGCUCGUGUUGGAGCUUAUCGAUGAAGAGAAGAAGAAAGAGGUUGAAAUCAGACAAUAAUAGUGACGAAUUUUCGAUAUGGGUAUCUCCGAUGAGAAUCUGAAAGGUGUUAUUCUAGCAUUGCUUUCAAGUGGGUUCAUUGGGGCAAGCUUUAUCAUCAAGAAGAAGGGCCUCAAAAGAGCAGCUGCAGCUUCGGGUGUCAGGGCUGGUGUUGGUGGGUAUUAUUAUCUCUUGGAGCCACUCUGGUGGUUGGGGAUGAUCACAAUGAUUGUUGGAGAGGUUGCAAACUUUGUUGCAUAUGCAUUCGCCCCAGCAGUUCUAGUUACCCCUCUUGGAGCAUUAAGUAUAAUUGUGAGUGCUAUUUUGGCUGACAUUAUUCUGAAGGAGAAGCUACACCCGCUUGGGAUCAUGGGCUGUGUAAUGUGCAUUGUUGGUUCUGUCAUUGUUGUUAUUCAUGCACCCAAGGAGCAUCCUAUUGACUCUGUUAAGGAAAUAUGGACUAUGGCUACUCAACCAGCCUUUCUGGUAUAUGUGUGCUCAGUUGUAGUUUUGGUUUUCAUUCUUGUCUUCCAUUUUGUACCAAGCUGUGGGCAUACCAAUGUGCUAGUUUACACCGGAAUUUGUUCAUUGGCAGGGUCCCUCUCGGUCAUGAGCGUUAAAGCCCUUGGAACUUCAUUAAAAUUAACUUUUGAAGGCAACAAUCAGUUAAUCUACCCAGAGACUUGGUUUUUUAUGUUGGUUGUGGCUACAUGUGUCAUCACUCAAAUGAAUUAUCUCAACAAGGCUCUUGACACCUUCAACACUGCAGUUGUCUCUCCAAUAUAUUAUGUCAUGUUUACAACACUUACAAUCCUUGCCAGUGUAAUAAUGUUUAAGGAUUGGGAUGGUCAAAGUGGUGGGACCAUUGUGUCAGGUAUAUGUGGCUUUAUUAUUGUGCUCUCUGGCACAAUAUUAUUACAAGCAACCAGGGACUAUGAGAAAAGCCCUUCUUAUAGAGAAGGAAACAGCACACCUUUUUCGCCUUCAUUAUCAGUGAGACUUUGUAACGGAAAUGCGGAAUUCUUGAAACAUGAUGAGGAAAAUAUGCCACCAUCUGAUAGCAUGUGUUUAAAAAGACAAGAAUUAUACUAGAUUGUUUUUUAUCUGAGACCACAAAAGUUCCUGAUUCAAUUGUUGAAUCUGGGGAAGGCAAAAAGCUUGGAUUCUGCAGAGCACAGGCAUGCCCAUCAGAGGAUAUUGUACAUUUUUUCAUGUAAUGAAACCAUAGAAGGGGGUUUUGGAGCCAUUAUGUUCAUAUGAGAAUCUCAGGAUUUUUGUCAUGGAGGUUCAUCUAGUUGGAAGAUGAUUCAAGAACUGAUCCGAUGCCUUGCAGAAUAGCUGGUCUCUGAGAAAUAGUUUACCCACUUAAACAGUGUGUGAACCUCUCUGCACAGCAACAGCAAGGAUUGAAGAUUUGCUUGCGAGAACUCAGUCAUCUUCAAUGUGAUUUUUUUUUAAUUACAUGCAGAUAUCCUUUUAUUGAAGGUAACCUUGCUCAAGACAUCUUCAAUGUGAUUUUUUUUUUUUGGCUUAGAAUGCUAAAUUUUUGUUGCUUGUAAGCAUGGAGAUGCAAAUGGAGCAAAGCAGUUGUUCUUCAGCA